AUCCAGAAAGAGACAGAGAGAAGAUUUGUUCUUCUGUCUUUUAUUUUGUUUAUUUUGUUUUAUUGGAUAAGCACCUCCUGUCCUCUCUGUUGUUCUACGUAGAGAGAGAGAGACAGAGAGACAGAGAGACAGAGAGACAGAGAGAAAAAGAGAGAGAGAUUGUCGCCUGAGCAAGUGAAAGAGGGACACACGCACAGAGGGAAAGAACAUGUGUGGAUGAACGCGGGGAGGGAGUGCAUAGCAACGUGACUCCACAAUGAAGAAGGGCCAAGAGCACCAUUCUCAGAAGCCAGUGAUUCCAGAUUUGUUAAUGACACCAAGUGAUCAAGGGGAUGGUGACCUAGAGGUUGACUACCCUGAAGACAGAGGGAAUUGGACGGGUAAGCUGGACUUCCUGUUGUCCUGCAUCGGCUACUGCGUUGGGCUGGGUAACGUCUGGAGGUUUCCAUACCGUGCUUAUACGAACGGAGGAGGGGCAUUCCUUGUUCCUUAUUUCAUCAUGUUAGCAAUAUGUGGGAUCCCUAUUUUCUUCAUGGAGCUAUCACUGGGCCAGUUCUCAAGUUUGGGGCCUCUUGCUGUUUGGAAGAUAAGCCCACUCUUUAAAGGUAUUGGCAUGGCCACCAUUCUCAUUGUCUCCUUGGUGGCCAUUUACUAUAACAUGAUCAUUGCCUAUGUUCUCUUCUACCUCUUUGCUUCGCUGACGAAGAACUUGCCCUGGCAGUAUUGUGGCAACUGGUGGAACACAGAUCUGUGCCUGGACCACCAUGUCAUGCGCACAGGGAAUGGUGCUGUCCCUCUCAACACCUCUAAUACUGUCAGCCCAAGUGAGGAAUACUGGACUCGUUAUGUCCUGCACAUCCAAGAGAGCUCAGGGAUUGGAGAUCCGGGGGCAAUUCGCUGGAAUCUGUGCCUAUGCCUCCUCCUUGCCUGGGUCAUUGUGUACCUCUGCAUCCUCAAGGGAGUAAAAUCCUCUGGCAAGGUUGUGUAUUUCACUGCUACAUUUCCUUACCUCAUUUUAAUCAUGCUCCUCAUUCGCGGUGUGACACUGGAAGGAGCCUGGUUAGGAAUCAAGUUCUAUCUCACACCCCAGUUUGACCUCCUGCUGUCUCCCAAGGUCUGGAUUGAAGCAGCUUUGCAAAUCUUUUACUCUCUUGGGGUAGGAUUUGGCGGACUGCUCACCUUUGCAUCGUAUAACACCUUCCAUCAGAAUAUUUAUAGGGAUACCUUUAUAGUCACUGUGGGCAACGCUGUCACCAGUAUCUUGGCUGGCUUUGCCAUCUUCUCCGUUUUGGGCUACAUGUCCCAGGAACUUGAUGUCCCUGUUCAAGAAGUAGCCAAAGCAGGUCCAGGCUUGGCAUUUGUGGUGUACCCCCAAGCCAUGACCAUGCUUCCACUUUCUCCUUUCUGGUCUUUCCUUUUUUUCUUCAUGCUGUUGACUCUUGGUCUGGACAGUCAGUUUGCCUUUCUAGAGACCAUUGUUACCGCCGUGACAGAUGAGUUUCCAUAUUACCUGCGGCCAAAGAAGGCUUUCUUUUCAGGCGUAGUUUGUGUCAUAAUGUUCUUAAUGGGACUCAUUCUCACAACAGAGGGUGGGAUGUAUUGGCUGGUGCUCCUGGAUGACUACAGUGCUGGAUUUGGACUUAUGGUGAUAGUCAUUGCCACCUGUCUCGUAGUGACUCGUGUCUAUGGCUUGAAGAGAUUUUGCCGGGAUAUUCAGAUGAUGCUGGGAUUCAAACCAGGGAUAUACUUCAAAGCCUGUUGGUUGUUCCUGUCCCCGGUAACCAUGAUGGCCCUUCUAGUGUAUAGCAUCAUCAAAUACCAACCUUUGGAGUACAAUGGGACGUACCGUUUCCCAUUCUGGGCUGAGGUUCUGGGCAUCUUGAUGGGUACCUUCUCCUGCCUGAUGAUUCCAAUUGGGAUGGUUUUUGCUGUGCUCCACGAGGAAGGGGCACUCUGGCAGCGAAUCAAGCAAGCUAGUAGGCCAACCAUGGACUGGGGUCCUUCUCUGGAGGAGAACAGAACUGGUAUGUAUGUGGCUACGUUGGCAGGCAGCCAGUCUCCUAAACCUCUGAUGGUCCACAUGCGGAAAUAUGGAGGGAUAACCAGCUAUGAGAACAUAGCCUUCCAGGUAGAUAAAGAGAUGGAAGAAGAUGAAGAAGAGUCCAUGAUGUGAAGGGACAGCGUCCCAAUCCCUGCUCAGCCCGUGCACUAGAAGAUGACAAGAGUGUGAAGAGUGAGCCUCUGAACAAUGGCACACAGAUUGUGCACACUUCAGGCCUCCCAGCAGUCUGAUUCCAGGCCUAGACAAAAGCUGCUGACUGUUCAGUAUCUCAUAGCAGUGAAUUUUGCUGAGAAUCCCAGUGUUGUUGCAGUUUCUGUUUCACGUGGAGAGAUGUGCAAUGAUGUUCCAUCUGUUGUGUCUGAUAUAGGCCACCCCAUUCAUGUUGCCUCUUCGUCCCCUUGCCAGUGACAGAUACAGUGUUAUGGUGAUACAGUCUGAAGUGGGCCAUGAUUAUGACAGCUUGCCAAGCCAUGCUCCCAAAGAGGAGAAGCUGCUUUGAUUGUUCCUAACAGACCAAUUAAAGCAGGUUUGAUUUCCACCAGGGCCAGUUCUUUUAUAAAGCUAAUUGGUCUUAAUUGUCCAUCAAAGACCAAGGCACUGCACAAUAGUUUGCGUUACCACUAGGAUAGCUCACAGUUGCCAUUGUUAGCUGAGAAGCCCCAUUCAAACCCAAUUACUGUAUAGCUGAGAUCAGUGGGAAGCCAGGGAGGAGUGACAGAUGACAUAAGUGGGUCUGCUAAUAAAACAUUCCUGGCACUUUGA